AUGCAGAACAUCGGCCAGGGGAGGGACGACGCGGCCAGAAAGAGCUUUUGCGCAGCAACCCGCGGCCGGGCAACCCUCACAAAAACUUAUUCCAACAUUGGAUAUUGCACUUUCGAUCGCCCCUUCUCGCGCGAGGGAGACGAGCUUCGCCGCCUCGUGCCGCGGUUGCGCGCGCCCUCCCCGCGGGAGAUUGCGGCGGCGCUCGGCGGCGGGCACGGCUGGGCGGCGGAGAACUACGCCGCCUCGCUGAUCGAGCAAGAGUUCGCAGGCGACCCGCACCGUGACAACAACUUUGACAUCCAAGCGCUCGUCGCACCCGUCUCCAGCGGCGCGGGAUGGCGACUGGGUCACUAA